AUGUAUAGCUAAAUAAGUGACUAUGAGUAUCUUAGUACCAUUUUGUAAUAAAAUAGUAGUUGCUUUAAUAUAAACAAAAGAUUAACCCUUUAUAUAAGGCCUUAAAAUCGAAAUGAAUAGAGAAGAAAAAAGCAUUCAUCUUGUAGUACAGAAGAUCUACACCCUAAGAUUUAUGAUUCAUAAAUAAAAAAAAAAGUUGACUUAAGUUCUUCUAUUAUAAGUGAAUGUUAAGGAAAUUAGAAAAAUAAAAUUCGAAUAGCAUUUAAACCAAUAAUUAGAUUGAAAAAUAAGUUUCUUAAUGGAAACAAUCCUAAUGGUUAUUCAUUAGCAAAUUAUAAAGAAAUAGUAUGCAAUUUUUGUCUAUUGCAUCUAGAUAAUUAAUAUUCCAAAUUAGAGGAAAACUAAUCAUAUUCCACAAUAACUUUGGAAUAGCAUUAACCUAUACAUUCUCAAACUAUUACAACAUAAUGUAAACAUAAAUUUCAUUAUGAUUGUUUUCAAACUAAUAUAAAGCAAUAGUUGAAUCAAUAAAAAGCAACAAUUUCUUGCAUUUGUGGGAAAAAAAUAAAUAAUCAACUGUUAAAAUAAUAUACCUCUGAAGUUUUAAUAAGAAAACUGAUGAAAAAUUAACUUGAAACAAUAUAUUAAAAAUACUAAGAAUCUCUUAAUUUCAAAUAAUGUAAUACUUGUACAUUUUUUUGGGUAAAGUGUGAUACUUAAUUAUAUCUUCCAAUUUGUAUUUAUUGUUUGCUAUCCUACAAUAUUAAUGAUCAAUCAAAAUCUCAACAUUAAACCUAAUUUACUAAAUACAAAAGAUUGAGAUCGAUUAGCAUGUAAUGA